AUGUCGUACCGCCCACCGAGCCAGUCGUACGCCCACGAGCACCCGAGCUACGAGCUCCAGUCGCGCUACUCGCAGCAGUUCGACCGCUCGUCCACCAACCCCUCCCCCGCAUCGCCCACCUCGCCCGCGCCAGGCUUCCUCCGCGACCAGCAGGCCCACGCCCGCUACUCGAGCGCCGACCUGUACGCCCUCGAGCAGCCCCCGGCACCUGCCUCUCUCGCGUCGGGCUCGAGCCUGCUCGCCCGCCCGCAGAGCAACCCGCGCGCGGGACCGCACAGCGAGGACGACGACGACGACGACGACGACGAUGGCGCAGGGUUCGGCACCUACCGCGACCUGACGCCGGCGGGAGCGAGGGGGGCUGCCCGCUACAGCCACCCGCCGCCAUUCGUCUCGCACCCGACCGCGACGUCGAGCUACUCGGGCUACGACGCGCACAACGCGAGCAAGGACGCGUUCGCCUCGACGACCAAGUUCGGCGGCGAGACGAUCGACGCGCCCAUCCUGUCGCGGGCCGACUGGGCGCCGGGCGAGGCGGCGCGCGAGAAGCACGAGCACUCGACCGAGAAGAAGCGGCGCAAGCGGCAGAACCUGGCGGGCGAGGUCAAGGGCGCGAGGGACGGCGUCCUCGGCUUCGUGCGCCGCAACUGGAAGUGGCUCGUCCCCCUCUUCCUCGUCCUCAGCGUCGCCGUCAUCGUCCUGUGCUACUUCCUCAUUCCUCGCACGCCCACCAUCACGUUCAACUCGCCCAAGGUGCCCAAACCCGCCUUUACCUCGUCCGACACCGAGCCCUACGUCUCGUCGGCCGACCCGACGAGCUUCAAGUUCAACGGCAACAUCGUUCUCGCAAUCGACGCGUCCGACUCGUACCUGCCCGUCAAGUACAACUCAUUCGGGCUCACGGUGCGCAUGCAGGAGACCGAGGCCAUCAUCGCGCAGGCAACGUGGGACAACGGCGAGAUCAGCGUGCCCGCCAAAAAGGUCACGAGCUACGAGUUCCCGAUCACGUUCUACGGCAACUUCUCGAGCGCGUCCAACCCGACGUUCGCCGCCGUGCGCGCCGCCUGCGCGCACAAGUACGCCACCAUCUACCGCCCGCCCCUCAACCUCACGGUCACGGUCUCGAGCUCGAUCACGGGCGUCGUCGGCGCGCCGGACCGCACGGCCAAGCUCAACGCCAUGGCGUGCCCGGUCGAGUGGGCGACGACGGCGUCGUGA